AUGAGUUUCGUCGUUGGAAUCAAAGACUCAAUGGUUUCCGUUGCUGAAUCAAUCGGGGAUGCAAUCUCCCAAGCUGGACAAAAGACUGGAGAGGUAGCUUCUGGAGCAGCCCAUUCUGUUGGAGAAGCUGUCGUCAACACUAAGGACGCUGCUGCUGAUGCUAUCACAUCGGCUAAGGAUCAUACUGCCAAUGCAGCACAGAGUGUUGGAGAGUUCAUGUUUGGAACAAAGGCUGAUGGAGAAGAGAUGGCCGAUAAAGUUGAAGAUAAAUUCGAUGGCUUUAAGCAAGCGACUUUAAAGACAAUGGAUAGUGCUGGAGCCAAAGCUCAAAAUGCUAGCGAAGAUAUCAAGCAAGGAAAACCUGGAGAGGCUGUGCGUAAUGCUGCCUACUCAGUUAAGGACAAAGCAGGCAAUGCAUACGAAUCAAUGAAGGAUUCAGCACAAAGGGUGGGUCUUUUUUUUGCUGGAGGCAUGGAUUACGGAGCUCAUCAUUCCAAAUGA